AUGAAACGACGUGGAAGCGACAGCCAGGACAAACCAACAUUGGCGGUGAAAGGGGUAUCGUCACGUCUCCCGGCAACAGCUGAAAAGAUCGAACCUGACGUGGAAGCAGAGACUCCCAAGUCAGAUUUACCGGAAGCUAAGAAAGCUGCUCUUCUGAGUCCGACUGUAGGUGUUGUGAGUCCAAUGCUCAACCAGAGAAGAGCAGAAAACACAGUUGUCGAUUCGGGCCAGCUCAAGCCUGCGCCUCCACCCAUCGAAUGCGAACCAUCUUCGUCUUCACGUUCGCUUGAGAAGAAGGCACCACCGGUUCCUAAUCGCUCUGGUUCUCGCAUCGAGACGACUUUCGACUGUACCCCUCCGGCGAUGGCACCAAUACGGCAGCCACCUGCCUAUGAGCAGCUUGUCCAACAAGGCCGAAUACAUCGUUGUCGACUAGGUCAAUUCGUAGACUCAUCAACCAGCGAAGAUUCAUUGGAUUCGGUAUCAACAACUAUUCGGCUGCAACCAUCUGGUUACGCUUCCGAGGGUAACACUUUGGAUCGCACUGAACGAGCCCGAACAGCAGAGCCGUCUGGGUACGUAUCCGAAGGAGGCAUAGCGAUCUAUGAGAAAAUGCAAGCACGGCUGAGGGAGUACCGUGAUAGCAUGCGACGUGGUCAUCUCGACUAUAAUGACAGUUUUGAGGACAGUUCGUCGAUCUCCAGCGGCAUUUCUGAAAAUUUCGACGACGUUUCCACGGACGAUCUGAGUGGCACAGAACACCCUAUGGCCACCGUUGCGGCAACGUAUGGAAAACUUGGCGAUUAUCAGAACUUUUCAAGAAGCGCUUUGAAAGGGCCUCGCUCCUCCUCUUCCAACAUAGACAGUCGAGCAAAACGGAUUGCUGAACAGGAAAACAUUCAUCAAUUGCUGCAGCAAUGUCGAACCAGUCAACGUGGAGCUGCUUGCCAGGUAAUUGGCCUACGUUUCGUAAGUGCAUAUGGGCUAGCUCUUGUGAAAGUGAUUUCAUUCAUGGUGCAUUGGCAUCAUCAUGCUAGACCACUACGAACUCAGUACUGA